AUGCAUCACAUAAAACGCACUGGGCGACCAAACGGCUGCCUGGCUGCGGGCACAACCGGUCGCUCAAAGCAUCCGAACCGGCACAGUCCCUCCGUCAGAUGGGAAUCUGAACCACUAAGGCCACACCUCGAUGACUGCCUUUAUUCACACUGCAUGUAUGAAAAGAAGCCUACUCCGAAUAGUCUUUUCGCAACUCUUCCAAUCGUGCAGAAGCGAGUUCAAUGA